AUGAAAUAGCAGGGUCGAUACGAGCUUCAAAACGGAAGUCGCCACCCAACUACACCGUCUAUCAUUUCUCUGGCAAUCUCUCCGAUCGUUGUACUCAAGUUACUUACGAAAAUAAACUAGCUCGUGGCGAACUCAGAGAGUGGGGUGUCUCCGCAGAUCCCAACUGGUAGCAUAACUGAUCCGGUGCGUAGAACAACCUCUCUUGUUGCAGGAUUAGCAAACAGACAAAGUCGGAAUACGUUUGGCAGCACAGAUUGAGAACUAGAGCGAGGAAAUCGACCGGGGUUGUCCAAUGGCUUCUGCUGGGGAUGUUACGAGGGCCGCGCUUCCCAGGGCCCAGCCCCGCGCUGAAGGGCCGGCCUGCGUGCUAGGCAUCGGCACUGCGGUGCCUCCCGCGGAGUUCCUGCAGAGUGAGUACCCCGACUUCUUCUUCAACAUCACCAAUUGCGGCGAGAAGGAAGCCCUGAAGGCCAAAUUCAAGCGCAUCUGUGACAAGUCGGGCAUCAGGAAGCGCCACAUGUUCCUCACGGAGGAGGUGCUCAAGGCCAACCCAGGCAUCUGCACGUACAUGGAGCCCUCCCUGAACGUCCGCCACGACAUCGUGGUCGUCCAGGUCCCCAAGCUCGCCGCCGAGGCCGCCCAGAGGGCCAUCAAGGAAUGGGGCGGCCGCAAGUCCGACAUUACCCACAUCGUCUUCGCCACCACCUCGGGCGUCAACAUGCCCGGAGCCGACCACGCCCUGGCCAAGCUGCUCGGCCUGAAGCCCACUGUGAAGCGUGUCAUGAUGUACCAAACCGGGUGUUUCGGCGGUGCAUCCGUGCUCAGAGUGGCCAAGGAUCUAGCCGAAAACAACAAGGGCGCCAGAGUGCUGGCAGUAGCGAGCGAGGUGACCGCAGUCACAUACCGAGCCCCGAGCGAGAACCACUUGGACGGGCUUGUGGGCUCAGCUCUGUUCGGCGAUGGCGCCGGCGUGUACGUGGUUGGAUCCGACCCCAAGCCUGAGGUAGAGAAGCCAUUGUUCGAAGUGCACUGGGCUGGAGAGACCAUCUUGCCAGAGAGUGACGGAGCCAUCGAUGGACAUCUCACCGAAGCAGGGCUCAUCUUCCACCUCAUGAAGGAUGUACCCGGGCUCAUCUCCAAGAACAUCGAGAAGUUUUUGAACGAGGCCAGGAAGCCAGUGGGAUCACCGGCAUGGAACGAGAUGUUCUGGGCGGUGCAUCCCGGAGGUCCAGCCAUUCUCGAUCAGGUGGAGGCGAAGCUGAAGCUGACGAAGGACAAGAUGCAAGGGAGCAGGGACAUAUUGUCCGAGUUUGGCAACAUGUCUAGCGCCUCUGUGCUGUUUGUGUUGGAUCAGAUUCGGCACAGGUCUGUGAAGGUGGGUGCGUCCACUUUGGGCGAGGGCAGCGAGUUCGGAUUCUUCAUUGGCUUCGGACCAGGACUGACACUGGAAGUGCUUGUGCUCCGCGCCGCUCCCAACUCCGCUUAGAUUCCACCCCACCUCUCCUUUUUACUCCCCAUCCUCACCAAUUUGUAUCAUAUCAUAUUAUUGCAUUGCAUAGCGUAGCAUAGAAGUGUGCAAUUCAA